AUGUCUAAAUCAGAGUCCCCUAAAGAGCCGGAACAGCUGCGGAAGCUAUUCCUCGGAGGGCUGAGCUUUGAAACAACUGAUGAGAGUCUGAGAAGCCAUUUUGAGCAAUGGGGAACCCUCACGGACUGUGUGGUAAUGAGAGACCCAAACACCAAGCGCUCCAGGGGCUUUGGGUUUGUCACUUAUGCCACUGUGGAGGAAGUGGAUGCAGCCAUGAAUGCAAGACCUCACCAGGUGGAUGGAAGAAUUGUGGAACCAAAGAGAGCUGUCUCAAGAGAAGAUUCUCAAAGACCAGGGGCCCACUUAACUGUGAAAAAGAUCUUUGUUGGUGGCAUUAAAGACACUGAAGAACAUCAUCUACGAGAUUAUUUUGAACAAUAUGGGAAAAUUGAAGUUAUUGAAAUCAUGACUGACAGAGGCAGCGGAAAGAAGAGGGGCUUUGCUUUUGUAACUUUUGACGACCAUGACUCUGUGGAUAAGAUUGUCAUUCAGAAAUACCAUACUGUGAAUGGCCACAACUGUGAAGUGAGGAAAGCCCUGUCAAAGCAAGAGAUGGCUAGUGCUUCAUCUAGUCAAAGAGGUCAAAGUGGUUCUGGAAACUUUGGUGGUGGUCGCGGAGGUGGUUUUGGUGGAAAUGACAAUUGUGGUCGUGGAGGAAACUUCAGUGGUCGUGGUGGCUUUGGUGGCAGCCGUGGUGGUGGUGGAUAUGGUGGCAGCGGGGAUGGCUACAAUGGAUUUGGUAAUGAUGGAAGCAAUUUUGGAGGUGGUGGCAGCUACAAUGAUUUUGGCAAUUACAACAAUCAGUCAUCAAAUUUUGGACCCAUGAAGAGUGGAAACUUUGGAGGCAGAAGCUCUGGACCUUAUGGUGGUGGAGGCCAAUACUUUGCCAAACCACGAAACCAAGGUGGCUAUGGCGGUUCCAGCAGCAGCAGUAGCUAUGGCAGUGGCAGAAGGUUUUAAUAUUGCCAGGAAACAAAGCUUAGCAGGAGAGGAGAGCAGAGAAGUGACAGGGAAGCUACAGGUUACAACAGAUUUGUGAACUCAGCCAAGCACAGUGGUGGCAGGGCCUAGCUGCUACAAAGAAGACAUGGUUUAGACAAUACUCAUGUGUAUGGGCAAAAAAACUCGAGGACUGUAUUUGUGACUAAUUGUAUAACAGGUUAUUUUAGUUUCUGUUCUGUGGAAAGUGUAAAGCAUUCCAACAAAGGGUUUUAAUGUAGAUUUUUUUUUUUUUUUUUUUUUUGCACCCAUGCUGUUGAUUGCUAAAUGUAAUAGUCUGAUCAUGACGCUGAAUAAAUGUGUCUUUUUUUAAAUGUGCUGUGUAAAGUUAGUCUACUCUGAAGCCAUCUUGGUAAAACUUCCCCAACAGUGUGAAGUUAGAAUUCAUUCAGGAUGAUGCCAGGCUCAGAAACCUUGGUUGUAGUUCUUGUGACCUGAAGUUCACCAUUGAAAGGGUCACCCAAGCACAGUUAUGGAAUUAUUUGGUUAUAAAAAUGAUUGUUGGCACAUCCUAUGCAAUACCUAAAUUGAAUAAUGGUACCAGAUAAAUAAUAGAUGGGAAUGAAGCUUGUGUAUCAUCCAUUAUCAUGUGUAAUCAAUAAACGAUUUAAUUCUCUUAA